GCCACUCCAGCACCAGAACGCAACACAGACACAGAGACUAGAGAGAGAGAGUCCCGAAGCGAGCACAAGAGGCCACCGCACAGCGGCCAGGCGGCGAGCGAGACUCCUCCACACGUCUCUCCCCCUUCCCCUCCCCUUCCGUUUCCUCUGUAGCUGCGCCCGACCGAACCCCCCUACCCCGUGGAAUCCUCCUCCGAUGCGGCGCCGAUAGGGGCUGGCGGAGGAGCGGAAUGGCGGGGCACGGUGAGAAGCGGCGCCGUACGGGAGGGGCCCACGAGAAGCCGGAGGAGGAGGAGGAGGACCGCAUCUCGGAUCUCCCGGACGUCCUGCGCCUGCACAUUCUGAGCCUACUGCCGCUCAAAUCGGCCAUCCGCACCGGCGCGCUCUCCUCGCGGUGGCGCCGCCUCUGGGCGUACCGCUGGCCGGAGCCCUCCUCGGUGACCAUCCGCCUCCCCCCCGGCGCGGCGGGGGCGGCGGCCGCGGCGCGCGCCGAGGCGCUGGCCGGGAUCGACCGCCGCGGGCGGCGCCGCGUCGACGGCUUCUCGCUCGCCUUCCACGGGGGCCAGCUGGCGCACGCGGACCUCAAGCGCUGCGUCGAUUACGCGGCGGCGUGCGAGGCCGAGGACCUGCACCUCCGCGCCGACGGCGGCGCGGGCGCCGCCCGGGGCUCGCGCGGGGCCACGCGCCGCCCGGGCGCGCUCGCCGUGCAGUUCCCCGUCGGGAGCCCGCUGCUCGCGCGCCUGUCGGUGCGGGGGCUCAGCCUCACGGCCGUCAACAACGCCAUGGUCGCCACGCUCGAGGUGAUCCACCUGCACUCCGUCUUCCUCACGGACGCCGCGCUGCGCCGGAUGGUCGCCGCCUGCCCCCGCCUCCGGGAGCUCGACCUCCGUUACUGCCGCCGCCUGCGCCGUGUCGACUUCAGCAGUGUUGGGGUGCCCAACCUCAGUAGCUUCACCGUCGUCGACUGCUCCCGCACCACCGAGCUCCGGGUCCCUGUCGCGCCCCGUCUCCGGUCGUUCCGGUUCAGCGGUACCUUCCUCUCCAGCAACAUUCUCUCUGGAGCUAAGGGUUCUCUUGAGCAUCUCUACCUCUGCUCUGGCGGGCCAGAGACCGGCCUUCCCGCCACCAACUUGCCCUACGCAGUUCCUCGCCUGUCGAACCUCACUGUCCUCACCCUCUGCAGCAUUGCUCUCCAGUAUGUUUCUUCUUUCACAGCCAAGGCCGGCUCGGAGGGCAACCUGCAUGGCUUAAGGGAGCUCCAGUUGCUCACGUUCGGGAUGGCCAACUCCAACCUUGCUGACAUUUAUAGCUUCCUCAAGACCUGCCCGUGUCCUCGCUUGGAGCGUCUCUUUGUGCAGCUCCCGACAAACACCGGUGAUGCAUUCACGGAGAAUUUCUUGGAGGUGGCGGAGGAGGAUCCACCAAAAGGUGGAUUAGAAAACCUUUGCUUAGCCAAGCUGACAAAUUUCAAGGGGCACCGCAAUGAGAUGCAACUAGUAGGAUUUCUGCUUAGAAAGUCUUGUAGUCUGAAGAAACUAUUUCUGAUUGCUCCUAAGGAGGAUCACCCUCAAGGACUCCGCAAGACACUGUCAGAUACGCUGCCUGAUUUUCUAAAAAAAGAAAUAUUGCAUCUGGAAAGAGCUUCAACAGAUACGCAGAUAUUUUUCAGUGAGCCUGAUGCUCAGACGCAGCAAUUGCAUUCGGAGGUCUUUGUCAGGUUUUAGCUUGAAAUGAGGAAAUGCUGUUGUAGUCCAGUUUCUGCUCCUAUAGUUUUAGAUUUCUAGCCUUUAGAGAACAGACAUGGGGAAAAAAGUAUCUGCAAGGCAUACAUAGUUUUGAUAUAUGUUUUCUUUUUGCAAUUUGUGUUACUAAAGAAGUCCUGCAUAGCGGUUGAAAUGAGAGCUGUUCUGAUCUUCCACAUUUUCUUCUUCUCAUCCCUCUCUUCUCCCCCUGUUUGUGUUCGCGAUCUCUUUGGAGUUGGCUUAUUAUAAGUUGCUGUUGUACACAGCCAACCAUCUAUUGGAACACAACAACCUUCAUUUUAUUUGUCGUACAAUUGAAUUGGUAGGUUAACUUUGUGGUUCUAGAUAGAUGGAGCAUGUGCAUAUCUCUUGCUUAAUCUGGGAGUUGCAUUAUAUUUUUCUUUUCAGUUUUUUCCUAAAUAGGUAUAGUUUCUGUUUCUGAGCUAAGUUUCAUAUAACUUGUCAUCUGUCUUGAGUCAUUCAUGUAAAAAAGAUGUAUCAGGGGAAUCUUAUAAAACUGUCUUUUUGUGCGGUUAGGAUUAUAUUAACCUAGUAUAUAUGGACUCUACAUCUGCUUUCUCUGUUUGUUGUAUGGGUGAAAUUAUUGUUGCUUAGAUGGGACAUGUGUCUUAAAGCGAUAUAAUCAUAUGGACUUCUGUACAUUAAAGCUUUCUUUCAUAUUAUAUCCAUGAUACUGCAGAUCUCUAAGGGAA